AUGGGGACCCUUUUUUACGGCCGAAUUGCCCUGCGAAACCGUCGCCUUCCACUUGCGCUUUGGGGGAGAAGUGUUCCUCGUACGAGAGCGGAUGCCAAUCGCUGUGUUGCGACAUGGAGUCCAUUGGCCACAGCUUUCAAUUCACCACAUCCAAGAGAAGAUCGCUAUUUAAGACCCACUGGUCUCUUUGGGAAGCCAGAGCUAAGUGACACAUCGGGAUUUACUGAGCUGAAAAAUAAGGCUUUAUUUGAAGGAGGCAAAAUUGUCGAUAAUGUCCUCCAAUCUCCCCGCACCCCUCGGUUAGUGGGGCUGUUUGAUAAGCUGUCAGACACUUUGUGUGCAGCUGCCGAUUUGGCUGAGUUUGUAAGAUUGACACAUCCUGAUCAUCGCUUCCGAAGCGCUGCCGAGGAUACUUCCAGGGGAAUCAGUAGCUAUGUAGAGGAGCUCAACACACACCCAGGCUUGUAUCAAGCCCUGGGGAAAAUGCUUUCUAAUGAAGACAAGCGACAGAUGGAUGAAGAAACCAAGAGGGUUGCAGAGUUGUUUUUGUUUGACUUUGAACAAAGUGGGAUUCACUUGGAUGAGGAGAAACGUAGGCUUUUUGUUGAACUCCAGGAAGCAAUCUUAGUAAUUGGUGCACAAUUUUCUCAAAUUGCAUCAAUGCCUGUUCAAGUACCACUGGCUGAUCUUCCAAUGGCAGAUAAACUGAGUGGUAUUUAUCCAGUCAGUGAUGGCCAUGUAAUCAUUGAAUCUGCGUAUUUGGAUUCAAACAAUGAAAAGUUGCGUGAGCUGGUUUAUCUCUCCUGUUUGAAGCCUGUAAAGACCCAGCUCAACACUCUUGACAUGCUUCUGAGUGCGCGGCAUCAACUUGCUCGACUGGUAAACUUCCCAAGUUUUACCCAUCGUGCCCUUACAGGAACAAUGGCAAAAACACCAGAAAAUGUUAUGGAUUUUCUAAAACUUACCGCUAACAUGCUUCGUAAACCAGCAAAGAAGGAAUUGGACAUUUUAACUGGACUGAAAAAACACACAUCAAAAGCUUCUAAUACGGAGCCAAUUAUGCCCUGGGAUCUUCACUAUUAUUCUAGUAUGGCAAAGUAUCAGUCUGCAAAACUCAAUAGCUCAUCUAUAUCAGCAUAUUUUCCACUGGGCGCCUGUAUGGAGGGCCUAAACCUUCUGUUUAAGAGUCUGUUUGGGAUCUCCUUAGAAACCCAAGACCCAGCUGAGGGAGAGCUAUGGUCCCCUUAUGUCCAAAAACUGGGUGUGGUUCAUGAAACAGAGGGUUUGCUUGGUUACAUUUAUUGUGACUUCUUUAAUAGAGAAGAGAAGCUACAGCAGGAUUCACAUUUUACAAUCAGAGGUGAAUAGUGGGGGCUAUAAGGGCAUUAAGGUUAAUAUGUAGUUGUUACAGGGCAGUAGAAAUGUUAUUGGUUGUCUUUACACUAGGCUGUUAAGUAAGACUUAAGAGCUGCUAAGUUUUACUUAACCAAUAAUGCAUGUGUGAUGGCCUAAUUAAAAUCUCAAGUAACUUUACUUUGCAUCUCAUUAAAGUCAGAAAGUUUAAACGAUUCAAGAAAGUUUCAAGUGACUUGAAAACCAUCCUUAAAAUCAACUUACAAACUUGAGGUUUCUAAGCUUUGAAAAAGGCAAAGCAUGUCAAUCAAUCUUAAUUAUGUUGCAUGGGAAAAUAGGCUUAAGUAAACCUGAAGUAAAAAAGAUAGGUUGUGUGUGAAGCUUUCUUUUACUUCAAGAAUUUAAAAUUUACUUGUCCUGAAAUAUUUCUUAGCUUAUUUAGGCUCUAGUGUAAAGACUACCAUUGUAAUUCUCUGCAAAAUGUACUCUCUAUAAGUCGCCCCAUUUUUGGAUUCUGGAUUCCAAGCACUGGAUUCCUGACUCCUUGUUGGUGGAACUUGGAUUAUAGCCUCCUAUGUAGUCAUUCUUAGGGCUUUUUUAAGGAUUGAGGCCUUUAAAAACUAUAAUUAUCCUACCAGGCGGCACAUAUCCAUCUAGCUCAGAUUUUAUUAAUUUUAUGGGAAUAUCCCCCUGGUUAUGGUCCUUUCUUAGUUUUUUAAAAUGAAUUUUUAAAUGAAGGUAUGAUUGUCACAGUGGUAGUUGCACUUUAAGCAAUUGCAAAUAAAGCCAAAACAAAAAAAAAUUGGGUACUUCGAUGGGAUUUGAACCCAUGGCCUCUGCAUUAGCACUGCAGUGAUCUUUUCAGCUAUGAAGACCUAUACAUUGGGAGCAGCCCAAUUUGUUGAGUUCAUCUUAACCCAUGAGAGGAAUGAAACAUGAAGAUGGUGUUAACUGCGGAAAGACAAAUUUUAAAUGAAGAUAAAAUUAUGAUCAUUUCAGUGGUUAUCACAAUUUAAGCAAUAAUAUGUAACUAGACCCGAUUGGAAAUAAUUGCACAGGUUGAAGCCACAAUUUAAAGCCUAGAAUUUGCUAUUAAUCUUUUUUUAAGGGGGUCGUUUACUUGAAGAUGGAUCCUACCAGCUGCCAGUUGUUGUCCUGGUCUGCAAUUUUCCAUUACCUGGUCCCUCAUCCCCUUCCCUCCUCACCCACAACAUGGUGGAAAACCUGUUUCACGAGAUGGGGCAUGCAAUGCAUUCUAUGCUUGCUCGAACUCAGUACCAACAUGUCACAGGCACCAGAUGUUCAACAGACUUUGCUGAGGUCCCAUCAGUGCUUAUGGAGUUCUUUGCAUGGGAUCCUAGGGUGCUAACUGCGUUUGCAAAGCAUUACAAAACAGGGCAGAGCCUGCCCGAUGAAGUAGCUGUUCGUCUUUGUCAGGGGAGGUCCAUGUUUGGUGCGCUGGAGAUGCAACGACAAGUUCUCUAUGCGAUGAUUGAUCAGGUAUAUCAUGGAACACAUCCACUAACUGGUUCAACGACAGACAUCCUUGCUCAAGUACAGGAAGAAUAUACAGUGAUCCCACACGCACCAGGUAUGUUUUGGAUCAAUUUAGGUAAACUUCUGGGGAACUCCCCACCUACCCCUCCCUUUAAGUCAAAAAUACACUUACUUCUCACUUGGAGCAAAAUGUUGGGUUAGGGGAGGGGUAGGUGGGCAGUUUCCUAGAAACCUAAAUUGCUCCCAUGUUUUUACCCCUUUAAGAGAGUCUCAAUGGAGUGAACCGUCAGCCGUCAAACGGCCUAAAAUUUAACCUCUAGCCGUCCAAAAAGGUUAUUUUUUACCGUCAACCCGUCAAAACGUAGAUUAAUAUUGACCAUCGAAAAGUUUUAAGGUAUCUCAAAUUUCACUAUUUCAGCUGAUCUUCACACGGACUUUGGGCUCCUGAAGAAUCUCUAAACUGGAAAACUCAGUUGCCAUGUUCUAAAAAACACACCCUCUGGACAUAACAAGACCUUAUAACUUGCUUGUGUCUAAAAUAUUUCGAAAUUUAAAAGCGAAAGGCCAAGACAACCUCCAAGACACAAAAGCUAAUUUUGAAGUCAGUAACUGAUUUACUUUAACCUUAUUUUACUCUUGGACUUACUUUCUACUUAAUAAUUUUCAACCGUCAAAAGCUCUAAAAUUUAACCGUCAACCGUCAAGCUUAGAAAAAAUUACCCGUCAACCGUCAAAGCUACCACCCCAUUGAGACCCUCAAAAGGGGCUGUUUCACGACUGUCGGGUUCAUUUGGUUAAUAUUAGCAAUUACUCGUCCUUAUUCGCAAGUAACCGUUAACCGACUGUUGGUACUGUUGGUCAACAGUCGGCCGACACUUUUUCCGUUUAUAUUGAGAAAACUUUCAGUCGCCUGUUGGUCGUUUGUCGGCCGACAGUUGGUCGUCUGUUUGCCGACAGUCUACCGACGGACGGCCGACAGAUUUUUUGGGGAGACACUUCAUCAGUUUGGAAUACGUUAUACGUCAUUUCGUGGGGAAACCACGAACCAGUAGUGGCGCCGCAAAAUGUCGGUUGUUUUCUCAAGUAAGUUUGAUCAAUAACGCCACAUGUUUCUUAUUUUAAUACAGGCACAGCCUGGCAACAGAGAUUUAGCCACCUCAACGGUUAUGGUGCUAAAUACUACUCUUAUUUAUGGUCCAGAGCUGUAGCGUCCCGCAUCUGGCAUCAGUGCUUCGCUAAGAAUCCCUUCUCUCGUGAGAUGGGCGAUAGGUACCGUCACACGAUGCUGGCCUAUGGAGGUGGACGAGAACCAAGGCUGCUAGUUGAGGACAUGUUGGAGAAAAAGUUGACAACUUCUGAUCUGGUGCAGUCUCUUUGGGAGGAUCUCAAAGCAUCAAAUCCAUUUUAUCAGUAAACAUUCGGUCUGAACAUUGCGGAGGCUUCGGUGCUUUCCGAUGAAGGUGCUCCGAUGCUUUCCGACGAAGGUGCUCCGAUGCUUUUCGACGAAGGUGCUCCGGUGCUUUCUGACUUCUGACGAAGUGACGAGGAUUUCUACUAUUGCUCAUUUUGGCGCGUGAGUCUGUGUCAGUGUGGUGUCGAAAUUGCACUGUGGGACUUUUUCGUGGCACGAAUUUGAACCCAGUUUCCUAUGAAACUUCGUAAUGGCCGAUAAAAGAAGCUCGAGACGCAAUAGUCCCAUGGUACAAUUCGACAGGGUAUCGGCCCUGUCUCAAACGCACUCAAAAUGCGAGCCGAGACUUCCUUUGCCCAGGGCGGAUAAAAGUUGGGCGAUGAAACAAGCGCUCCGCUUUUCAAGUAAUAGGGACUUAAAGAUAGGAUGACUACGGACUACGACUUCGGUUAAACUUACUACUGCGCAUGAUCAGAACCACGUGACUGUUCAUUGUUCCUACGUAGUCCUGCCGCUCCGGUGAGUUGUUGAGCUGUUUCACGUAGUCGCGACUACGGAGAACAUUCUGUUCGCAUUUUGCUGUCUCGGUAAUUCUAGAAUCUUGUCUUUUCGUAAAAAAGUUUUCAAUUCACCCGCUUUAAUUGAGAGGAAAGCGAAAUAUGUAAGUUGUGUCUAAUUUCUGCUCAGAUCUACGCUUUUAAAAUACUCAAACCACUUAAAGUUGUGACUACAUUUUUAUCUAAAACUAAGCUCAGGCUGCGUGUAAACAGACGCAACAACUCCCAAUAUUGUUGCGCCAACAAUGUUGGGAGUUGUUGCGUGCAUGUUGGCAGUGGUGAGUAAACGGAUGCAACAACUCCCAACAAUGUCGGGGCCUGCAGUGCAUCGUGGGAAGGAUAUAACCCAUAAGUCUUUAUAAACCAUGCGUAAUGAGCGUGCGCGGUCCCAACAAUGUUGGAAGAGCUUUGCAAACGAAUCCAACAUUGUUGCGCUACGCUUCGGUGAUCACGGAACAAAAGAAAUGUUGGGAGUUGUUGGCUGAAUAGUUUGACUGGUUUCAAACUUUGCGCAACAACAUCAAACAACAUGCAACAGGGUGUACAAACGGACGCGACAUGUAACAUCCAACAAUGUUGCGUCCGUUUGCACGCAGCCUUAUAUUUAAAUAAGCUUAGCCGUUUAUACGCAGAAUUCAGAUUGACGGCCGAGAACAGAAAUCAUGCAGGUAAUUUACUCUCUCUUCGCACUUGAAAGUUUCAACGUUUGUUGGAAUUGAUUAGUGUGUCUUUCUACUUGUGUAACCUUUGUUUAUGCGAGUUUUUAUAUCGCUUUUGCUGAAUGAAAAUGAUAUAAACAUCCGUGAGAUAAUCGAAACUCGGCAUAUCGAUACUUCAAACUAAUCAGUAAUCGGAGAAGUCCAUCUUCUAAAUCUAAUCAAUGAACUAUUAUUAUUUCUGUUUAUUUCUUUAACAUUUGACAUAAGUAUUCGUAGGCGAAAAAAUCAGAAAAACUGUGUAACCAAAACUUUGUUCACCAAUUCCACCCGACGUGAUUGCUUCCCCAGUUAUGGGAGAAUUUGCUCAUUAUUCCAAAGAUAAGAUCACUUGUAAAAUACUUGCAUUUCUGUGAACUGAACAUGAAAACAAGAAAAUCUUUGCGUGUUGUUUCCCUCUCCGCCCCUUUUCUCGUGUCUACUGUCUGUAGUGCAAUCGUAACGUUCUAUAUUUGCACGACUCAACCCAGUGCUACAAACAAAGGACAACGCUGUUUCAGCCGUAGUUCGUAGUCCGUAGUCGCCGUAUCUGUUUGAUGCGGAAUAGGACUGGCACAAGCGCUCCUUCCUCGGUUGCGGUGCGCUUGAAGGUCGGCGAAAUUUUCCUUUUUGCAAACCGGAAAUUCUAUUUUCUUUCUGUAAUAUCAGGCUACAGUUUUAAAUAGGUAAAUUUGUUUCAUCAGAAGCAUAUAACCCCGAAGCGUCUAAAUUCCCCUUAUCUGUUUAGAAACAUGCUGGGGUUUUUUAGCCGACGCAGCCGUCCAAUCAGAAGUACGCAAAAUUGUUUUGCCCAAAUAUGGAAUCAGAGCAUUGAAGCUUUGAGCUUUAAACAUGCGUGUCUAUCACCGAAAGAAAUCGUUCCGUGUCAUAAAAGAUUAAUUACAUGUAUGCUUCUAUAAAAUGCAACCCUGGGAAAACAUAAAGAGCCACGAAGUUAUAAGCGGUAUGGCUUGAAAACAUCGACCAGCGACGAAAUAAGACAAGGAUGUUUACAAGCUUUUACAUUUCUUCACGAUUUCGCAAAGCCUCUCGCCGAACUCAGCAAAAUGCGUUUGCAGCCUCUUUGACUGACAAAGAUCAUCCGCAGGCUACUAGCUGCAAACCUAUCUACCUCGGCAAACCAGUUAUCUGCAACGUCUGUUCUCAUUCAGCAAAACCAGCAUGGUGACUACAAACAAAAUGGUAUAGCAAGGUUAGCCUGCGAGCAAGCUCUCCUAUUUGGGCAAGCAAAGCGAGCCUCGCGAGAAC